UUCAAUGUCAGGGGGACCGGCGCGUGCCGGCGGGUUGGCGUGCGGACGAGGCCAGGCGGCCAAUGGGAGAAGUCGCUGCAAGAAUGUAGGCCGCAUAUAAAAGCGCAGAGUUUGGCCGGCGCACCUCUACUAACAGUUAUGGCGUGGAUGCGAACGCAACUAGUGUGUAGUGUACUCCUGGCUGCUUCCGUCUGUCUGCACACCGUGUCAGCAGCUGACGGGAGACAAGUGCUGAGGGUGAAGAGGCAGGAGGAGACGUCGACGAAGAAGGAGGAGAGCUUCGAAGCGGAGUUGUGCAAAGACAAGGAUGCUGGCGAAUGGUUUCGUCUGGUAGCCGGAGAGGGCGACAACUGUCGUGACGUCAUCCAGUGCACAUCCUCGGGACUCCAAGCCAUAAGAUGUCCAGCUGGUCUGUAUUUUGAUAUUGAAAAGCAGACUUGCGACUGGAAAGAUGCAGUCAAAAACUGCAAGCUGAAAAAUAAAGAGAGGAAAGUAAAGCCUCUACUUUACACCGACGAACCUCUUUGUCAGGAUGGUUUCUUGGCUUGUGGAGAUGGCGCCUGUAUAGAAAGAGGUCUUUUCUGUAACGGAGAAAAGGAUUGUACAGACGGAUCAGAUGAAAACACCUGUGAUAACGACAACGACCCGAACCGAGCACCGCCGUGCGACCCGGCCGUGUGCGUGCUUCCCGACUGCUUCUGUUCGGAGGACGGCACAGCCAUCCCCGGCGACCUGCCACACAAGGAUGUGCCACAGAUGAUCACCAUCACCUUCGACGACGCAAUCAACAACAACAACAUCGAGCUCUACAAGGAGAUAUUCAACGGCAAGCGCAAGAACCCCAACGGCUGCGACAUCAAGGCCACCUUCUUUGUCUCGCACAAGUACACCAACUACUCCGCCGUCCAGGAGACGCACCGCAAGGGCCACGAGAUCGCAGUGCAUUCCAUCACGAUUCUCACCGGAGACCAGUUCUACAACUUCCUCAACCACAAUUUCGACAGACAUUACGACCAGAACAGAGCUCCUCUUGGUCUGUACUUCCACGCUGCUUGGCUGAAGAACAACCCCGAGUUUUUGGAUGCAUUCCUGUACUGGAUCGACGAGGUGCUGGAGAAGUACAAGGACGUGUACUUUGUGACGAUGACCCAGGUGAUUCAGUGGAUCCAGAACCCGCGCACCGUUUCCGAGGUGAAGAACUUCGAGCCGUGGAGGGAGAAGUGCGCCGUCGAAGGCCCGCCCGCCUGCUGGGUACCCCACUCGUGCAAGCUGACCAGCAAGGAGGUACCAGGCGAGACCAUCAACCUGCAGACCUGCGUCAGGUGCCCCAACAACUACCCCUGGGUCAAUGACCCCACGGGAGACGGCUUCUUCAAGUAGACGAUCUCAUCAAUCAAACGCGUGUGUGCGCCCCGCUCCACCCGCCCGACCGCACGCCUCGCCCCCGCCUGCACUGACUGAUCUAAUUCUAUAGUGUUUGUAAAGACUUAUUAAAACUACUUUAUCUGGAGCGAGGCAGCGGUGGCUCCGGCCAAAUUCGAAAGUCGCAUUUUGUUGUUGAGUGAAUGUGUUCAUCAUGCAACAACUAUGGUGCGCUCGUUCGUAGGACGGUCUUUUCAAGUGCCAAACACCCCGGCAACUCAACACAAUCGCAACCGUGGCCAACUAUUAUCUCUCCCGACUAUUUAUUUAUUCCAUUCCAAGCUAUCUAGACAUUCAAUAUAUUUUUAGAGAUUCAACCAUACAUUAAUACGCAUUAAAAAUUUUAGUCGAGUCUACUUGGAGGAAAUAAAAGUGUGAACUAUUGAAAAGGUGGGAAUGUAAAUUUUAAAACCGGCCUCUUAUGAAGAUCUAGCUUAGAAUUGAACCACGACAUAUUAUACUAUGUAACAUUAAUAAAGGGUGUACAUGAAUAAGAUUCACCCCCAUUGAAUUAUUAAAUAUGUAAAUUUUAUGAAAAGUAUGUGAUAAAUUAUACAUAUAUGUUUAUAUUUUGUUUCAAUUUUUUUUAAUAAACCAUUUAAUCGUA